CGGGCCGGGGGCCUGGGCUCGGGCCCGCGCCGCCCCCUGCGCGCCUCCCCCGCUGAGCUCGCGCCCGCCGGGGCGCCGCCCGGCACCAUGGUACAGAAGUCGCGCAACGGCGGCGUGUACCCCGGCCCGAGCGGGGAGAAGAAGCUCAAGGUGGGCUUCGUGGGGUUGGACCCCGGCGCGCCCGACUCCACCCGGGACGGCGCGCUGCUCAUCGCCGGCUCCGAGGCCCCCAAGCGCGGCAGCAUCCUGAGCAAGCCGCGCGCGGGAGGCGCGGGCGCCGGGAAGCCCCCCAAGCGCAACGCCUUCUACCGCAAGCUGCAGAAUUUCCUGUACAACGUGCUGGAGCGGCCGCGCGGCUGGGCGUUCAUCUACCACGCCUACGUGUUCCUGCUGGUCUUCUCCUGCCUCGUGCUGUCGGUCUUCUCCACCAUCAAGGAGUACGAGAAGAGCUCGGAGGGAGCGCUCUACAUCUUGGAAAUCGUGACCAUCGUGGUGUUUGGUGUGGAGUACUUUGUGCGGAUCUGGGCGGCGGGCUGCUGCUGCCGGUACCGCGGCUGGAGGGGGCGGCUCAAGUUUGCCCGGAAGCCCUUCUGUGUGAUAGACAUCAUGGUGCUCAUUGCCUCCAUCGCCGUGCUGGCUGCUGGCUCCCAGGGCAACGUCUUCGCCACAUCGGCACUCCGGAGCCUGCGGUUCCUACAGAUUCUGCGGAUGAUCCGCAUGGACCGGCGUGGCGGCACGUGGAAGCUGCUGGGCUCCGUGGUCUAUGCCCACAGCAAGGUGAGCAGCGCCGGGUCCCAGGCCCUACUGGAUGGAGCCCUGGAGGUCAGGGCAGAUAGGAGCCAGCCCGCCCCCUCUCUGGGCGUCUGCCCACGAGCCGCGCCGUCCUGGUCCGCUCUGUCCAGAGCAGCCGUUCCGCGACGCGCUCUGUGGUUGGUGGGUGCGUGGGGUCGGUACCUCCCAGACAGCAGCCUGCGGAGGCUGGAGCUCGAGCCGGCGGCCGUGAGGGGCCUGCAGCCCUGCGCGGGAGCCCCACCCUGUGUUCUCCUCCGUCCUUCCUGUCUGAGCCCUGAGCUGGGGGCUUGGUUCCUGCUGGUCUUCUCCUGCCUCGUGCUGUCGGUCUUCUCCACCAUCAAGGAGUACGAGAAGAGCUCGGAGGGAGCGCUCUACAUCUUGAGACCCCUGCCCCCUCCCACCCGUGGCCCCCGCUCUCCAGGCUCCAGUCUGGUGGACCGAGGCCCAUCCAGCCGCCCCGACUGA